AUGAGUGAUCAAGUAUCUGAAUUUCAUGUAGCGCAACAUAGUCGGAGAGAGAGGCUGAGAAUUACUAAUUCGGAAGAAUUAGAAAUAAUUCAUCAGCCAUAUCAGUAUGGAAAUAUAUCAUAUGAUCCAUCAGUAGUACUAUCGUCGUCUGAAAUGAUUAACUUUUCAUCGACAACGAGUAGUAGUACUGGUGGAUUGCAACAUUCUAGCUGUGGAUGGAAUAAUGUAACAAAUUUUAAUUCGAGUGGAUCUGGUGGAAUUGAGACUAGUAAUAAUUUGAGUCCAAUGUUUGUUGGAGUUGGAGGAGUAGAAGGAGGUGUGUUAUCUGCAUCGUUGAAUUUGAAUAGUAGUACGAUUGAUGUGAAACCGUAUUUUUAUGGUGGUGGUUAUAAUGAAAUGCAGCAGCAGUCAGUUUCAGAUGCUAUUACUAGUAAUGCUGAGUUUAGCUCUUCUGUACUUUAUCAUGAUACUCUUCAAGAAGUUGUUAAAUCUGCUACUGUUGGAAAUCAAGGUGUUGAUACGAGACGUGUUGGUUCGUGGAUGGAGAAUGAGAGUGGACUUAUGGUUUCGAAUUAUAUGGAUCAAUCGCACCAUUUGUAUGAUAAGAAUUGUGGAUUGGGGUCAAAUUUUAGAACCAAUGUAUCUGAUAAUUCCAGUGUUCAAGGCUUGGCUCUAUCUCUUUCACCGGUUCCAAGAACGAAUACGUUGCAAAUGGAGAAGAGGAACAAUGUGAUAGUACCUGAAAAUUUUGCAAUUGCACAUCGUAGUGCGGUGCCACUUGGUCCUUUCACCGGCUAUGCAACGAUACUCAAAAGCUCAAAGUUUCUAAGACCAGCACAACAAUUGUUGGAUGAACUUUGUGAGCUUGCAGCAGCAGGUUCAUCAAAUGUGGUUAAAUGUUCAAAUUUCUCGAAGAAAGUUCGUGAUGGUUUUAGGGUUUCUUGUGAUGUUAAUGCUGCUGCUGAGUCUUCAUCUGGUGGUGGUGGUGGUGGCGGAGAUUCGAGUGGUUUGAAUGAAUCAAAUGUGUGUCCUGAGUAUCUCCAGAAGAAGGCGAAGCUAAUAUUUAUGCAGGAAGAGAUUUGUAAAAAAUACAAACAGUAUCAUCAGCAAAUGCAAAUGGUUGUAUCGUCUUUUGAAACCGUGGCUGGUCUUAGUGCAGCUACCCCGUACAUUUCCUUUGCACUCAAAACUGUCUCGCAACAUUUUAAGUCACUGAGGAAUGCCAUCACGGAUCACUUGAAAAACAUAAGGCAAGCGUUGGGUGAAGACUUGCCAUCCCCUGCAUCUGGUAUGAGUAACAAAGCCGAUGGAAAUUCAUCUAGGUUGAAAUUUGUUGACCAGACGUCGUUACAUAAACAGAAAAGUGGAGGUGGAGCUGGGGUCGCGUUUCUUGAAUCACAACAACAUGUCUGGAGACCUCAACGAGGCUUACCAGAACGCGCUGUGGCUAUUCUUAGAGCUUGGCUUUUCGAUCACUUCCUUCACCCGUAUCCUACAGAUAGUGAUAAACACAUGUUGGCUUCUCAAACUGGCUUAACUAGAAACCAGGUUUCGAAUUGGUUCAUCAAUGCACGUGUACGUGUAUGGAAACCGAUGGUUGAAGAGAUUCAUAUGUUGGAGACUAAAGGAGGAGAUCAAACAAGAAAAUCAGAUGUGAAUAAGCUCGUGACAGAACGAACCAGCCAUGUAAGUCGUGGCCAACAUUUCAGUAAUGUACUACUCAACAUGAGUGGCGUAGUAAUGCCAGAGAAGCAAGAAGAUUGUCAAGGAUUAAUAGGACCCUCGGAACGUUUAGAUGAGAGUAGUAGUGAUCAUCAUAUGUGGAGGAAUGAAGAAAAACGUUCGAGGAUAGAGUGUCAUAAUAUCUCUGCUGCAUCAAGCAUGGACGGAUCGUUGAUGGGGUUUGUACCUUACCAAAGAAAUGCACUUGAUAUUGGAGGUAAUAUCGGAGCUGUGUCAUUGACAUUAGGGCUAAGGCAAAACGCCGAGGCUGCUCAACAACAACAACAGUUGCAACUACACGAACAUCGGCUUAGGCAGCAGUUUGGAGGUCACAUGAUUCAUGACUUUGUUGAUUGAAAGGUGAAGAAAAAAUGAAGAGUAAAACAUAAUGUUGUAGCUAUAGUUUAGCUUGUAGAUUAUGUCAUUUCUCCAGUAGUUGAUGGAAUUUAUUACUAGGUUUUAAUUUCACCAUAUUUUAUGACAUAGUUUUAUCUUGCAAAGGCUCCUAAUGUAUGAUUCUCAGAUAUAAUUAAGUAAGAAUUGUAGUCUUGUAGACAAUGUUUACUAAUAUCAAUCAUAUCUUUGUAUAUAUUUUAAUAAA